UUCGAAUUUUUGCCUUUGAAAGUGUUGGAUGUUGGAAGUUGGAGGUGACCGCGUUGCAUUUCUCUUCUUCCAACCAAAAAAGUACGUGAAGAGUCCGCCGACGAGCACACCUCUACGCGCGCAGGUGUGUGUCAGUGUGUGCGUGCCGUUCCCAUGUGUGUGUGAGCGUGUGUGAUAGUGUCUGUGCAUUGCUGUGCGAGUGUGAAGAGUGGCACAGCUCCAGCCACAACAAAAAUAACAACAGCAGUGGGCCGCAAUCAGCUGUGAAGGUGCGAAAGAGAAAUGCAAAUCGAAUAAAUGGCCAAAAAUUACGAAUUAUUAGCGUCAAUUCUCCCCGUAAAUUUCACAUCUCUGAAAUCGAAACGAAACGUAGCGUGCGGCUCUAAAUCAAUCGGGGAAAAAAACUUAACAUAAAAUAAUCUUCACAAAUAAAUAAAACAACAAAAAAACACAGAAGCCGCCUGGCGCAGUCUGCGUAAGAGAGUGUUUAUCAUAAAUUUGGUUGCUGAAGAGAAGUUGCUGCAGAAGCUGAAGAACCCAAGGAAUCGGAAGAGAGUGCAGGAGUAAAAGGAGAAUCCAUCAGCACCAGUGGGAAAGAGAAGGAGUCAUUCCAGCAGGUGGAUUGCCCGGGCUUUUGGUCACGCUUCGUUGAAAGGAAACUCGAGAAGACUGCGCAAAAGUGCAUGUGGAGGUAAGGACACACAGGAGCCGCAGUUCUUCCCACAACUUUGAAGAUUGUCCACACAUAUCCAGCAGAAAUCAGACUGCAGACUGCAAACGGAAAAUUAUAUUUUGAUAUCUUCCAGAGGAGAGACAACAACAUAUCAGAGACAAGAGGGAACUGGACAUAUCCUCGAACAUCAUCAAUCAUUGCUGGGCAUUGAUUAAUGUUGCGUAUACGCCAUGUGCGACUCGUAACCAAGUGAAAGCCACGCACCACGCACUCCUCAGAGAGAGAAAGAGAGAGAGAGAUUUAGUGUAUCCGCCAGCAGCACCUUUUCAAGCUCAGCAAAUACAGCAAAUACAGCAAACAGCACAAACACAAAGCCAAAGCCAAAGCCAAAGAUGGCCUUCAUUUGGCGUCGUCGCUCCACGACCAUCGUGAAGCUGGUGGCCUUCCUUCUGGCCAUCUGGUUCUGCAUCGCCUUCCUCGUCUACACGGAUGACACGAGGCGACGUGCCGCACAGGAGGGUGGCGCCUCGGGCAGUGCCGCAGGCGGUGGAGCCGUUCCGCUCGGGGAUCCCGUUGCCCUGCCCCUGAGGAACGUAGAGGCUGCGGAUCCACUCAACGAGGACAUCGGUCUCAAUGGCAAUGUUAUCAAUGCAGGAGGAGCAGGCGGAGGGCUACGCAACGAACUGGAUGAGGCGGACAUACCGCCCACCGCUGCCAAGGCCAGGCCAAAGGACCUCGGCCGCCUGUCCUCGGAGAAGAAGCCCCGCAAGAAGGCUGCCAUUCCACUCAAACCAAAGGCACAAGACGAUACGAGACAAGUGAUAGAUCCUCCUGUAAACUUUGAGGAAAGUUUGGGGGAAAUGGGCAAACCCGUCACCCUGCCCAACGUGAUAUCCGAUGAGAUGAAGAAGGCCGUGGACGAUGGCUGGACGAACAAUGCCUUCAACCAGUAUGUCUCCGAUCUGAUAUCGGUGCACCGCACUCUGCCGGAUCCCCGGGAUGCCUGGUGCAAGGAUACGGCUCGAUAUCUCAGCAAUCUGCCAGCGACAGACAUCAUCAUCUGCUUCCACAACGAGGCGUGGACCGUGCUGCUGCGCACGGUGCACUCCGUGCUGGACAGAUCCCCGGAACACCUCAUUGGCAAGAUUAUCCUCGUGGAUGACUACAGCAAUAUGCCUCAUCUCAAGAAGCAGCUGGAGGACUACUUUGCCGCCUAUCCCAAGGUGCAGAUUGUCAGGGGCCAGAAGCGCGAGGGUCUCAUACGCGCACGCCUGCUGGGCGCCUCGUAUGCCAAGUCGCCAGUUUUGACUUACUUGGAUUCCCAUUGCGAGUGCACCGAAGGCUGGCUGGAGCCGCUGCUGGAUCGCAUCGCACGGAACUCCACCACCGUCGUCUGUCCGGUCAUCGAUGUCAUCAACGAUGAUACCUUGGAGUAUCACUAUCGCGACUCCAGCGGCGUCAAUGUGGGCGGCUUUGAUUGGAGUUUGCAGUUCAGCUGGCACGCAGUGCCCGAGCGCGAGAAGAAGCGCCACAAUAGCACAGCGGAGCCCGUCUACUCGCCCACGAUGGCCGGCGGACUGUUUUCGAUAGAUCGGGAGUUCUUCAACCAUUUGGGGACCUACGACUCCGGCUUCGACAUCUGGGGCGGCGAGAAUCUGGAGCUGUCCUUCAAGACCUGGAUGUGCGGCGGCACACUGGAGAUUGUGCCCUGCUCCCACGUGGGCCACAUCUUCCGCAAACGUUCACCCUACAAGUGGCGUUCGGGCGUGAAUGUGCUGCGGAAGAACUCGGUGCGUCUGGCGGAGGUGUGGCUGGACGAUUACGCGCAGUACUACUACUAUCGCAUUGGGAACGAGAAGGGCGACUUUGGAGACGUCAGCGAUCGGAAGAAGCUGCGGGAGGACCUGCAGUGCAAGAGCUUCAAGUGGUAUCUGGAUAACAUCUAUCCCGAGCUCUUCAUACCCGGCGAUGCGGUGGCCCAGGGCGAGAUACGAAACCUAGGUUAUGGCGGUCGCACCUGCUUGGACUCACCCACCGGCAAGAAGCACCAGAAGAAGGCCGUCGGCCUCUACCCGUGCCAUCGACAGGGCGGCAAUCAGUACUGGAUGCUGAGCAAGACUGGAGAAAUACGGCGCGACGACUUCUGCUUGGACUAUGCCGGCAAGGACGUGGUGCUCUACUCGUGCCACGGCGGCAAGGGAAAUCAGUUCUGGACAUAUCGUGAGAACACCAAGCAACUGCACCACGGCACCUCCGGCAAAUGUCUGGCAAUCAAUGAGGCCAAGGACAAGGUACUCAUGGAGGAGUGCGGCAGUUCGCUGACCCGCCAGGAGUGGGUGCUGGAGGGCUACGAUAGCUCCAAGUUGUGAGGCUACUUCUAUGCGAGGGGCAACCUCCUGUUGCCCACAUCGCAGCGCCAACGACAGCGAGACAGGCGAGCAUAGCAGCAACAGAAGCGGCAUCGAAAACUGGACACAGAGUGGAAGCAGGAAUUGGAAUAGAAUUCCCCUUCUAUUCCAGGCAUGUGCAAUAGGCAGAACAAUUUCGGGAAAUUGGGGGAGGUUAGCUGGUAUCCGCAUUUCUGUGCCAUGCUCUAUAAAUACGAUUAAAUUUAUGUGUUUCCAGGCGACAGAAAUCACGUUACAUAGCUAUAAGGAACCACAGACACACACACACGAAGAGAUCUACGGAGACACAGAGACAGACGGACGAACCGACACUGGGAAAACAGAGAACGACUGCUGUACAGUAGCUAUAAGUUUUGUAGGCCUAAAGUCAGCAUGCUCUGGGGCCGUUAGGCAUAGAAUCCGGGACAAGCCAGGAUGAGUGCUGGC